AUGGCCAGAGGUAUGCUGGAGGUUUUGCUGGCUAAUGUCCAAGGCAUUCGAGACAAAGAUUUCCUUGCUAAGAUGAAUCCUUACGUUGUAAUUCGAUAUGGAAAUCAAGAGUGUACGAGCAGUGUGGCUCGAGGAGAAGGAAAGAAACGAGUAUGGAACGAGAAAUUAACGUUCAACGCCGAGUACCCAGGUGGUGAAGAUCACAAAUAUAAGCUUACUUUUCAAAUUAUGGACAACCACAAAACCUCCCAUCAUGUCUUUGUUGGUGAAACUACAAUAUAUGUGAAGGAUGUGGUGUCGUUGGGGGUGGAGACGGGAAAGGCUGAACUUCGACGUGGCAAGUAUAGGGUUGUCCUUCCGGACAACACUUACUCCGGCGAGAUUUGUGUCGCUGUAACUUUCACCCAUAUUCUGUAA